CCGCGGCUUCUAACGUGAGACAUUAAUAUGUAUGGUGGGAUUCCCGGCUCUUCACGCGGACGCACAAAAUGUACCCAAAAAGCCCAUGGUCUCCUUUGCAACGCCUUCCACCAACGGACUAGGCCAGAUUCCGAUAUACGAACCUAUCUAUCCGCGUAUCUUGUAAGACGAUAUCUGCGGCCUUCUACUUGCGACGUCUCUCACGAGCCUGAAAGCUCAUCCCUAUGGAUAGGAUACCUCAGGAAAUCCUCGAUGGUGUGCUCGCCAAGCUGGCGUGCUACCAUUACCCACACACCGAACGCUUCCCCACCCUUAGUCCUUUGUCUAGAACAUCUAUCCUCUCUGCCCGCCUAGUAUGCCGCGCCUUCCUACACUCGAAGGACCUUAAAGACCUCUUCAUCACCGUCCUAGAGGAAACACUCUUCCUCCGAGAGGGUUGGUACAUGCCCAAGCUUCAGGCCAUCUCGUCAUCAGAAUACGCUGCAUCCAUGACCACCCUCUCCAUAUGUAGCAUAACGAACUACUGCCUCUGGGCGGAUGAACUUUGGAACGAGGCAUUCUGCGAUUACCUCGCUAGUGUUAUACGACGUUGCCCACGGGUUAGGCAUCUGCGGUACUACACAAUAUCCCCUAAAUGUAUCCAAAGGGGGCAACCUGCCCCCUGUCCGAUGUUGCAGGACGAUAUGUUUGGAUAUUCUAUCCGCCAUUCGGGUGGCUCCGCGCAGAUGAUCAGGGCUACGACACUGAACUGGAUAUUGCAAGCUGUUGAGCGCGCUAACAUACCGCUGGAUACGAUUACCAUGCCGUUGUUUGGGAACCAGGCUGCGUGGUGCGCUACAUGGCCUGUUACCGCGUUGUUUCCGAGGAGCCUGACACACGUGGCUAUGAAUAUUACGGGUGUGCAUCGGCUUGUCUUCGAUCACUGGAUGCGUAAUCUGGAGAACCUGGAGUUCUUGGAAAUUGCGCUGUCGAGCAUGCCUAUUUUGACGGAAAGCUUCCGCCACGUUCAGCAACUUGUUGAUGAAGCGUCGAGUGAGGAGGAACGCGUGAGGUUGCCCAAGCUCAAGGAGUUCCGUUUGAUGGCGGAUAACAGGUACUGUUUUUCUACGGAUAAUAUUGUAUCUGCGUUAUACGCUUUCCCGAAUCUAAAGAUGCUCGGAUUUGCCCAUAUCAUGCUCCGGUCCGGCAGCUGGGGUUCUCUCUUAACGAGGUUGCAGGCACUGGAUCUGGACAGGGUGUGGCUUCUUGAUCCUCGUAUUGUCCUUUGGGAUCCCGACCCCCCUGAGGAUAUACCAUUUAUUUUCAAGUACGAAGAUCGAGGAGACGCGGAGAAUGCAGCCAGAGAUGUGCGCUUGUUUCAUACGGACGUAGUGGAGGACGGCCAUCGCGUGCUGCAGAGGAGGUACGACUUGGAGUAUCCUGGAUUUGCGAUCUUCGAGCAGGCGGAGAGCGAGAUGAGGAGAGGCUGAUUGAGGAGGAAACGCGGCAGAUAGCGUGAGUUGGUGGAGUAGGCCUGCAUUGGUCUGCUCCUCACUAUUAACGAGCGUCGGAUCUUCGAAAGGAAUUGCAUUUCGAAUCACAUAUGCUGAGGUUGUCAGGUACAGCAGGAAAAGCCCAGCUCAAUGCCAGUAUAACCGUGGUUCACCACAGGUAAUCAAUGCAAUAUAUCAACGAGCCGGCAAAAUGAAUUCGUGAGAUAGUGACCCUUCACACAUGUUAGCAUUCGUUAU